CCAAGUACGAGCACAGCUAUGCUUACGGAGAGAAUAGUCUGACUUUCGAGCAUGUGUGUGGUAGUAUAACUGCUGUUGUUGUGGAUACAGAAUCUAGAUCUGCAGAUCUGAAGAGGGUUUGUUUCAAGUGACCCAUUUUUUCCAAGGGGCUCUGCAGUGGCAUCUGGAUCUUCCUUCAGAAAUCUGUUCUGUUUGUAGUUGGAGUUGCACAAACGGAUCACUCAGUGAAGAAAUCAACCAUGACGGUGGAAACCGAAUCCAGCAAUAUUGAUGACUCAAAUCAGGAAAUAGAACCUGCCCAGCUUUUGGAUGAUGAAACAAACAAAAAUCUCCCAGUCAAAAAGAAGACUUCCUGCUGCACUGGCUUGAAGGCAUUUCUCACUGCUUUAUCGUUCAGCUACUUGAGUAAAACGUUUUCUGGUACAAUUAUGAAAAGCUCCAUCACUCAGAUUGAACGAAGGUUUGACCUGACAUCCUCUACUGUUGGUUUCGUCGAUGGGAGCUUUGAGAUGGGUAACUUGCUGGUGAUUGCAUUUGUAAGCUACUUUGGAGCUAAACUUCAUAGGCCCAAACUAAUAGCUGUUGGAUGCUUUACUAUGGCUUUGGGAAGUUUUUUAACAGCAAUGCCUCAUUUCUUCAUGGGAUAUUAUAAGUAUGAGACAGCAUCACAUACAGCUUCUUCAGCCAACUUAACUUCAAGCAUGAAUCCCUGUUCCCUGCAUCAAGAGGUGAACGAAACCUUGUUGGAAGUCUCCCAGUCAGGCUGUGAGAAGGAACCAUCAUCAUAUAUGUGGAUAUAUAUCUUACUGGGAAACAUGUUACGUGGAAUUGGUGAGACGCCAAUAACACCACUGGGCAUCUCUUAUCUUGAUGAUUUUGCUAAAGAAGAGGAUGUUCCCGUGUAUGUAGCAUGUUUGCACACAAUAGCCAUGCUGGGCCCAAUGUUUGGUUUCCUGUUGGGAUCUUUAUGUGCAAAACUGUACGUGGAUAUUGGAUUUGUGGAUUUAGGAAGCAUCACUAUCACCCCCCAGGAUUCCCGCUGGGUGGGUGCAUGGUGGCUUGGCUUUUUAAUAAGUGGAGUAACCAGUUUCCUAGCUGCUAUUCCAUUUUGCUUCCUGCCAAAGAGUCUGAAAAAGCCGGAGGAAAUCAAUAAUGACAAAACUUCAUCUGGUCUCUUGGAAAACAUGGGUACCAUGAGGAAGACACUUCCUCCUGCAAAACCUAAGCCGAGGAAGUGUUCGGUAACACUGAAAGAUUUCUAUACCUCCCUGAAAAAAGUAUUGAGUAAUCGAAUGUACUUUACAUUUUUGUGUUGCUCACUGUUACAGUUCAAUAGCUUUAUUGGUUUCUUGACUUACAAACCAAAGUACAUGGAACAGCAGUAUGGACAAUCUACAUCUAAAUCUAACUUUCUAAUAGGAUUGACAUCCUUACCUCCUGUAAGUAUUGGGAUUUUCCUAGGAGGGCUCAUAAUGAAAAAGUACAAAAUGAGCAUCAUUGGAGCAACCAAGUUUGCAUUUUCUAUGUCAUUUUUGGCCUAUUCCUUCACUCUCUUGCACUUUUUUGUCGGCUGUGAGAACCAUAUGGUAGCAGGAGUGACAGUGUCCUAUGAAGGCAAACCCACUCGGUACCAUGAAAAUGCCAUAUUUUCUGAGUGCAACUCUGACUGCAAAUGUGCAUCCAAUGUGUGGGAUCCUGUGUGUGGAGACAACGGACUCACGUAUGUUUCAGCAUGUCUAGCUGGGUGUACAACUUCGAUGGGACAUGGAAAGAACACAGUCUUCCAUAACUGCAGCUGUAUUGAAGCCAGCAGUUCAUGGCCAGGAAAUAAUUCUGCCACCUUGGGACAAUGUCCAAAAAGUGAGGAUUGUUCAAUGAAGUUUAUUUAUUAUACAGUAAUACAAGUCAUAAGUGGAUUUUGCUAUGCAUUGGGAGGCACUCCAGCAUACAUGAUUAUGUUUAGAUGCGUUCAGCCAGAGUUGAAAUCUCUUGCGGUUGGUCUAUACACACUCAUUAUGAGAGUGCUAGCUGGGAUUCCGGCGCCAGUUUAUUUCGGUGCAGUGAUUGACAAGACAUGCCUGAAAUGGGGAAGCACAAGCUGUGGGCAGCAAGGGGCUUGCAGGCUGUACGACUCCAACGCAUACAGGUAUGUCUACCUUGGUUUAUCAGCGGUGUUAAGAGGUCCUUCCUACUUGAUUGCAAUCUUAUUUUAUAUAUUGAUAAAGAAACACUUUCAAAAUAAGAACUCUAGGCCUGUAGAGAAUGGAGGAAGAGAAGAUGUUCCUAUGAAUAAAGAAGAUAAUUGCAAGAUCAAAGAACGUUUGCCAGGUUUCUCUGAUGGAGAGAAUGAAUCAUGUAUUUAGAAAGCCAUUUAGACUAGUGUCACAUGAAUCAGGACAGCUUCUCUUAGAAACAACUUUCACAAUGUUAUGAAUAACUAAAUAAUAAAUAAUAACACCAUUCAGAAAGUAAAACUAUACAGCAAACUUGCAAUCAACAGCAAGAAAAACUAACAUACAAGUAUGAAAGUGCCUUACCUAUACCUGGUUACCAAUAACAGAACAAAUUACAGGAACUGAACCAAACUCUCAACAGAUAAAGAAAAAAACUCCCUUGGCAUUUCCAAUAGACCCAGUCUGUAAUUUUUAAUGGGGUCAAAGAUGACUCUUGGCAGAACAGCCACAUGCCAAAGGCCCACAAAACGUGGCGCUGAUCCUGUAUGCAGGUCCAUGUGGUAGACUGCCAUGGGAAUGACAAGCUCAAGGCUAACAGCAGUGUUCUGAUUUCACCAAAUUCAGUCCAAAUUCACAAUAAAAACAAAGCCUUUAAGCAAAACAUUUCACUUUAUCUAAACAAAUCAUUGUAAUAAUUUUCCACUGCAAAAUUGACAAAAGCGGUAUUUUUCUGAGAAGCGUUUUAUCUUAGCUCAGCUGAAAAUAUUUUACCUGCUUAAAACUACAAAUAGCUUGCCAUAAAGGAAAUAAUUUUUUCUUAAAAACUCAGAGUUGUAGCAUUUAUUAAAAACUAAUUUUUUUUUUUUUUAGUUAAGUGACUAUGAAACAUAAAAAAUAAUCUGAAUUUUGUAGCGGUGUUGUUUUCUAAGCAAAAUCUAUCCAACAUAUGCUGGUGGCUUUAUUGCUAUGCCAUGUGCUGUCCAGCAGAGGACACUCAAACAAUAACGUUACUCCUAUGACUGCUGCAAAUACUCGAUAGAUUUGUCAUGUUCAGUCUUUAUUGUUCUGGGAGAAGUUCAUCAUCAGGCAGGCAAAACACUCACCUGCGUUUUCAUGCACCUUAAAACUUUCUCAGCGCAAGCCUUUAGCUCAUAUAUUCAGAGUUGCUUUUCUGUAUUUGUUGGUUUGUGUUCAUCAUAUUUGCGUCACUCGGAGCUUGAUAACUGUUGUUACUUUAAAUAAAAAGAUGUGUACUUGCGUACCAUUUCACAA